GGAGACUGACCGUGACGUAGAAUGUAGUCGACGCUACAGCGCACAUCUGACCUGAAUCUGACCGACAACACGAUUUUAAUGACCAAAACAUGAGAAUAACACGGUACAGCAGCGUCUGUCGGGCUCUUUAGCUUCGUAUUUUAUGUUUUAUCAUGUUUUCAUACAUUGCUAAAUCUAGGGGGUCUUUUUAUGAGUUAGUUUUUCAUCUUUGACGCCGAUAAACGUGUGCUAGUCCAAGAUGACAGUUCCAGCUCUGCACAACUCGGGAGUCCUGUACAGACGGGUCCUGUCCCAGUUUCCUCAGGACAUCAGUUUAGCUUUCGCCUAUGGAUCUGGAGUGUUCAAACAGCAGGGGACCAGUCAAGGUCAAAUGGACAAAAACAUGCUGGAUUUUGUGUUUGCUGUGGAUGACCCGGUGACAUGGCACACUCUAAACCUGCUCCAAAAUCGAAAACACUACUCCAUCCUCAAGUUACUGGGGCCUACCAAGAUCAGUUCUAUUCAAAACGAUUAUGGAGCUUCAGUGUACUACAACACACUGGUUCCUAUGGACGGAAGGAUAAUAAAGUAUGGUGUAAUGAGCACUGACUCCCUCAUUGAUGACUUAAUGCACUGGAAAACCCUGUAUGUUGCUGGACGCCUUCACAAACCAGUGAAGAUGCUGGUGCAGAGUGACAAUGGAAAAAUCAGAGCUGCUCUUGUGGCUAAUUUAAAAAGUGCUGUAACCGCCUCUUUUCUUAUGCUGCCUGAGAGCUUCAGUGAGGAGGACCUAUUUCUACAGAUUGCUGGCCUUUCUUAUGCCGGCGAUUUUAGGAUGGUGAUUGGAGAAGAUAAAUCCAAAGUUGCCAAUAUCGUCAAAGACAACAUUCAAUACUUCAGAAUCCUGUACAACAACAUUUUAAGAGACUGUCCACAGGUCGUCUACAAGCCCCAGCAAGGAAGACUGGAGGUGGAUAAGAGUCCUGAGGGCCAGUUCGUUCAGCUCAUGGCAUUACCUCGAACGCUGCAGCAGAGAAUUACAAAGUUAGUGGAUCCUCCGGGAAAGAACCGCGAUGUGGAGGAGAUCUUGCUGCAGGUGGCUCAGGACCCCGACUGUGGAGCUGUCGUACAACAAGGAAUCUCAUCAAUCGUCAAGUCCUCCAGUAUAACACAGAGUAUCAAAGGCAUUGCUACCGCUGGCAUGUGGAAGACCGUCUCCUACAGCUCAAAGAAACUCAUUAAAAUGUGGAAGGGCUGGAGGAGGAAGCCCGCUGUGUCCCAGAUGUCCUGAUUUUAUCUAACUAAAAGACUCACAUUUGUCCUUUGACUGAAGUGUCUCACCUCAUGUCCCCACUAUAAAACAAGACCAAAGGGAGCACUGCUAAUGGCCUUUACCUCAAUGUUAAUGAUUUAGAAAGGCCCAAGUUUCAAUAGUACAACUGAAAACCUUUUAGGGGACUGUGAACAAGAGACUGGAGACUGCACUGCUGCUAUCCUGCUACCACAGAUUAAGUCUGUCCAGGAAAACACUGAAAGGGAAAUGGGGAAUUAAAUAGUACCUAAAGUAUAUGUUUAAUUGUCAAAAUCACCAUCAUGAAUGAUUUGUGUCACUCAUCUGAACCUUGGUUCAUCACCUCACCAGGACCUAUGUACCUUUAUAUUUUUAAUAAAUAAUAAUAAAAUCCACUGACC